CCGGCCCCGCCGCGCGCUCGGCGCUCCGCUCAGACCGCAGCCAUGGCGGACAUCAAGACCGGCAUCUUCGCCAAGAACGUGCAGAAGCGGCUCAACCGCGCGCAGGAGCAGGUCCUCCAGAAGCUGGGGAAGGCUGAUGAGACAAAAGACGAGCAGUUUGAAGAAUAUGUCCAGAACUUCAAAAGGCAAGAGGCAGAGGGUACCAGACUUCAGCGAGAGCUCCGAGGGUAUUUAGCAGCAAUCAAAGGCAUGCAGGAGGCCUCCAUGAAGCUCACUGAGUCCCUGCAUGAAGUCUAUGAACCGGAUUGGUAUGGGCGGGAAGAUGUGAAAAUGGUGGGUGAGAAAUGUGAUGUGCUGUGGGAAGACUUCCAUCAAAAACUAGUGGAUGGAUCCUUGCUGACACUGGAUACCUAUCUGGGCCAAUUUCCUGACAUAAAGAAUCGCAUCGCCAAGCGCAGCAGGAAGCUGGUGGACUAUGACAGUGCCCGCCACCAUCUGGAAGCCCUGCAGAGCUCCAAGAGGAAGGACGAGAGUCGGAUCUCUAAGGCAGAAGAGGAAUUCCAGAAAGCACAGAAAGUGUUCGAAGAGUUUAAUGUUGACUUACAAGAAGAGCUACCUUCAUUGUGGUCAAGACGAGUUGGAUUUUAUGUUAACACUUUCAAGAAUGUUUCCAGCCUGGAGGCCAAGUUUCAUAAGGAAAUUGCGGUGCUCUGCCACAAGCUGUACGAAGUGAUGACAAAACUGGGUGACCAGCAUGCUGACAAAGCCUUCACCAUCCAAGGCGCCCCCAGUGAUUCAGGUCCUCUACGCAUUGCAAAGACGCCGUCACCUCCUGAGGAGGCUUCGCCCCUGCCCAGCCCAACAGCCAGUCCCAACCACACACUAGCACCUGCGUCUCCUGCCCCAGCACGGCCGAGGUCCCCUUCACAGACAAGGAAAGGGCCACCUGUCCCACCUCUGCCAAAGGUCACCCCAACAAAGGAACUACAGCAGGAGAAUAUCAUCAAUUUCUUUGAAGAUAACUUUGUUCCAGAAAUCAGUGUGACAACACCUUCCCAGAAUGAAGUCACUGAAGUGAAGAAGGAGGAGACUCUACUGGAUCUGGACUUUGACCCUUUCAAGCCUGAAGUGACACCUGCAGGGUCUGCUGGAGUGACCCACUCACCCAUGUCUCAGACAUUACCCUGGGACCUAUGGACGACAAGCACUGAUCUGGUACAACCGGCUUCUGGUGGUUCAUUCAAUGGAUUCACCCAGCCCCAGGACACUUCAUUAUUCACAACGCAGGCAGAUCAGAGCAUGAUCUGCAACUUGGCUGAAUCUGAACAGGCUGCACCCACAGAGCUCAAGGCAGAGGAGCCACCUGCUGCCACCACACCUGCUGUCGGGAUGGACCUUGGAGUGGAAACUCAGCCUGAGGAGCCAGUGGAGGAGGCAGCGGUCGUACCUGGGCUGGAUGCCGAUGUGGCGGUGGGGACCUCGGUGCCAGCCGGGGAGGAUUCUGUGGAACAGUCAGAAGUCGAGAAAGCAGCUGUUCCUGCCGAGGAAGGAGAAGGCCCAGAGGAGGCCACAGUUGACACUGAAACCACCGAAGCUGCAGACAGUGACAGACCUGAGGCAGCAGCAGAGACAGAAGCAGCAGCACCUCAGGAGAAAGUCAUCCCUUCUGUGGUCAUCGAGCCCGCCUCCAACAACGAAGGGAACGGAGAACACGAGAUCACCCUGAGUGCAGAGACCAAAGAGGGCCCUGAGGACGUGGUUCCCACAGGCCCAGCGGGCAAGACACCAGAGCUGGCCAUGGAGCAGAAGCCAGGGGAGGAUGCCCAGCCCGAGCCUGCUGCAGGCCAGGCCUCCCAGGAACUGCCUCCUGGCUUUCUCUACAAGGUGGAAACACUGCAUGAUUUUGAGGCAGCCAAUUCUGAUGAACUUACCCUCCAAAGGGGUGACGUGGUGCUGGUGGUCCCCUCGGAUUCAGAAGCUGACCAGGAUGCGGGCUGGCUGGUGGGAGUAAAGGAAUCAGACUGGCUUCAGCACAGAGACCUGGCUGCCUACAAAGGCCUCUUUCCAGAGAACUUCACCCGGCGCCUGGAGUAGGACUACAAGCAUUGCAGAAAAGAGCUGGACGACUGGGUUUUUAAACCUUCGUGACAUCCUGAAGAGUUCACUUUUGCUGUGAUGCUCUUAACCAUUUACAGACUGAUGCCAGACAAAGAUUGAGAAGACCUAUCAGUAGAGCAUGUAUGCAAAAUAAAAAUGUGUAAGAGGGAAAAACAUGUGAGGAAAAAAGUCCUCACUUUGUUCCCACGGGGUUCAUAACAAGUUGGUUUGUGCUUUGUCCAAGCUGUGGACACUCUUGUACUUGACUGCUCUCCCACCAGUUCUAAAGUAGCUUUCUCCAGACUGGACCUUAAUUUCUCUGCACCAAGUGUGUGAUAUCCAGUGUCUGCCCUGCAGAAGAUGUGAUGAAUUUUCCCUUAGUACAAGUUGAUCUGACUCCCCUGCCCAGGUGUGAGCACGUUCUCUCUUUCCCUUUCAGGUUUACUGUGUUUAAAACUAAUCUGCUGCAAAUGUUUUCAAUGGUCUUUUCCAACACACCUAUAUCUACAUAUAUAUGGACACACACUCACAUAAGCUAGUCCCCGCAACUGCUGGAUCUAUGUGUAUGCAGAAGGCUACAUAUACAUAGUUGCUUUCUUUCGUUUCCAUUGUAGCUCUUCGCUGCUCAAGUGUCAUUGAUACAUGCGUUGCUCUUACUCUGUCUGGCAUUACAAUUGCAAAACCAGCCAUCCCAUUGCCAAAACAGUCAACAGUAUCUGUGUUUGUCAUGUGCAGUUUCCAGGAUGAGAUGACAGCACAUCCAAACUGCUGCCCUUUUGGACAAAAGCAGGGCCUUAUCACGCAGCCGCCAGCUGCUCUGGCUGAAGGAAGGCUAGUCUGGGAGGAGCAGCUAUGGUCUUCACUCUUGCCUUUAAGAGAUUGGCUACAAGAUGGGGCACAUUAAUCCCACCCCAGAGAACCAAUUUAAAAGAGCUCCUAUAUAUUUCCACCUCUUUCUAUUUAUGCAACUCAUCUUCACAAGUCAUCCUAAAAAAAAAAAAAAAAAUAGGUGGUGUAUGCUGUAUCCACAAAUCAUUUGUAACAGUUAUGUUCUCAGUGCUGUGUCAUUCCAAAUAAACCUUUGGUAAUCUCCAACAAUUACCCUAA